GUAAUCUACAAUCAGUGAAGAAGCGAGUUUAAAGAAUAGUCGUCGGUCAGUUGACCAACAGCUGACUUCUAAGCACUUCUAAAGUCUAAAGGCAAAAAUGGACAUUGGAGUUGGUGCGCUGGUAUAAGUUACAUGAAAAAAACCGGGAAGAUUAGAGAUGACCGCUCUUAGGUUUCUUUCCGAUUAAAGCAAAGCAAGAUGCACGAGAGGAUACGGACAAUUUAAUGUGAUAUAUAAAUCUCGAUUGAGUAAUUUUUUUCAAAUAAACAGUAACUGGAAAUUGAUGCAAGUCAAAUGUAUGUGACGUUAUAGGUUAAUUUUUCAAUCGAGAAGUGAUUGUAUGUCCCAUUAUGCCGGCUUGAUUUUUGACAUGAAAUGUAGAGAAAGCAGAGGAACAAUUCUUUCAUUUCUAUACAGUAUUAAGUACAACAUAUGAUAAAUAAUAAUGAACAAAGAAAUGCCGUUAAGUGUGGAAUGGAUACCACAAAAUACAUAUAUGCACAAUUCUUUCGAUCACUUGCUGCCGGAAGAUAGAAAUCAGGACUUCUUAAUCAUAAAGCAAGAAGCAGAGUUUUUUCAAAGUACUCUGAAUUCACAGCAAUCUGCGCAAAACAAAAUCAUGCAUCUGCAAGUUUUGUCUAAAGAGAAUAAGGAAAUCAAACAACAGAAUAGUUAUUUAGAUUCAACACCCUGUCAAAUAGAUUCUUUAAAUCAACUAUCUAAAAGAUUGAGUGAUGAUUCAGAGAAAUUGUAUAAUAAAGGUCGCAUUGAUGUAAUAGAGAUGACAGUUGAUUCAACAUUGAAUUAUAAAUAUUUUUUCGUUUAUGAAGAUCAAUUUUCCAAAUUUGUUGUAUUAAAAGCUCUCUGUAGCAAUACAGCUAAAGAAGUCGCGGCGAAUCUGUUAGAUGUAUUGGGGAUCAUAGGGCCACCACAAGUAUUACAGAGCGGCAAUGGACGUAUAUUUGCUGAACAAGUUGUAUGUGAACUACGUUCGAUGUGGAAUGAUUUAUUCAUAUUGCAUGGGGACACGUCUAAGUGCGAAGUUAGCUACAGGGAUUUUAAGAGCUCGCUUGAAUCUUGGAUGAAAAAAAAUCCAACUAGAACCUGGUGCGAGGGACUGAACUUCAUACAGAUUGUUCAUAACACUACGUAUCGCUAUCAGAACGGCAGAGUUCCAUAUGACGUAUUGUUUAGACAAAAUGCGCGCAAGAAUUUUCAAGGUAUAGAAAAAGAUACGGAAAAUCUGACAACAGAAGAAGAAUGGAUUAAACAUUUGUCGAAUAAGAUGGAUGGAGAUGAGGCUGCAAUGAUGGAAGACACACAGAGUACAUCAAACAAUAUCAAUCAAUACGAAGAAAACGAAAAUAUACGAGAUACACAGAGUCAAAAUACACUUUCAAAAACCGACAAUGCAAAUAUUCUUAGUUGCGUUAUCGUGAAGAAUGAUGAUCUAAAUAAUAUACACACGAUGGAUUCAACAUCUACAGAUAAAAUAGUCGUGAAGAAUGAAUCAAAAGACAACGAAGAUACUCAAUCCCUCAAAUGCGAGUACUGUCAAAAGCAAUACAUGAAAAUAGGGCAUUUGAAAAAUCACAUAAGAAUUCACAAAGCGAAACAGGUUCUCCAUUGUAAGCUGUGCAAUAAAACGUUUAGCGUUCUGAGAUUGUUCGAGAAGCAUAUGAAGCAAUCACAUGGAAAAGAUAAAGCUGAUGAAGAAAGAGAGAUACCAGUCAGAAAAACAAGAAACAUUGCUAAUACAAGAUCUAUGAUUCAACUAACACAAGAAACAUCCGAUUUCAAAAUAAUGAAUGAAAAUUGUGAUUUGUCGCUUGACACGAGAGAAUCCUUUGGCAAAAACAAUAAGAGCUCCAACCAAACCGGCAGACGGAAACUGCCCGCGGAGAAUCGUGUAUCAAAGACACAACCUCUAAAGUGUACGUUUUGUAAGCAAAAAUUCAGUUUUCCAAGCGUGCUAGAAAGACAUAUGCGAUCUCACACAAAUGAACGACCGUAUGAGUGCGAAGUAUGCAAAAAGAGUUUUAAGCAAUUGGGUCAUCUCAGUCAACACUCACUGACCCAUCAUGACUAUCGUUCAUUCCAGUGCACAGUAUGUAGCAUAAAGUUUGACUCGCUGGAUUUGCUGAAGCAACAUACACCCUCGCAUAAAGGCGACGCCACGACAACAACAUCAAAGAUACGCGACGUCUAUCGUCUGUUUGAAUGUGAUAUCUGCAAAAAGGUAUUCACAAUGAAGAGCGUGCUAGAGCGACACAUAUUCACACACACGCAGGAACGUCAUUAUGACUGUAAGAUAUGCGGCAAGCGAUUCAAGCAAGCUGGUCAUGUCAAGUCACACAUGUUGGUGCACACUGGAGAGCGUCGUUUUCAGUGCACCAUAUGUUCAAAACGUUUCAGUCUGUCGAACUCGUUGAAGAAGCACAUGUAUGUGCACAAUGGUGAAAAGCCGUAUCAGUGCGAUGUUUGCGGUGCACGUUUCCUUGAGAAGCGCAACCUUAACGGCCAUUUGCUGACGCACACCAACGAGCGUCCGUACUGCUGCAAGAUCUGUGGUAAACGAUACACUCUGGCAGACACUUUGCGUCGUCACGUCAGUGCCGCGCAUGAAGAUGGUCGUACAUAUCAGUGCGAGAUUUGUGCCAAGAUGUUCAAGCAAUUGGCACAUCUGUCGGUGCACAAAAAGGUACAUAACGACGAACGACCCUUUCAAUGUCAUUUAUGCGAAAAAAAUUUCAAGCAUAAGAAUGUACUCAAGUCGCACCUGGCGAUCCAUGCGAAUGUACGACCAUUUGAGUGUGACGUGUGCAAGGCGACAUUUGUCAGGAAGACGAAUCUGCAAACGCACAUCUCGUCAGCGCACAUGAACGAGCGUCCGUAUACCUGCACCAUCUGCGGCAAGCGCUUCAAACAGAUUAGUCAUCUAAACGGCCACGUGGUAGUGCAUAGCAAUUUGAUGCCUUACAAGUGCGAUUACUGUGAUCGCCGGUGUAAUCGAUUAGAUAAUUUGAAAAAGCAUAUGCGCCUCCAUAUGAAAAAUAAGGAAUAAAAGAAAUAUGACUCUUGGCGAAUUAAUAUCUUGUUUUUUGAGACAAGAUAUUAAUACAUCUGAACGGAAUAGCGCUAAUAAAAAAAUUACUAACUACAGCAAUCGGCAUGGAUGAAUAUUAUUGCGUCAGAUUUUUUAAAUGUAUAACUCAAUCUGUCUUUCUUCUGAAUGACUGAUAUAUAUGUAGAUACUAAUAUUAAA